ACAAAAUGGCGGCCGGUGCAAGAAUGGCAAAAGUUUCGAGUGUGCUUAGAAAUGGGCUUUUUAACGACAAAAUAGCCAUUGUAACAGGUGGUGCAACGGGAAUAGGAAAAGCAAUUACAGAAGAACUUUUGCAUCUUGGAUGUAAAGUUGUUAUAGCAUCUCGGAAUGAGGAGAAAAUAAUCAAAGCUGCGGCUGAAAUGACAUCAAGAAUCCCAAAGUCCAGCCCUGCAGAAGUGCUGCCUAUACAAUGUAACAUUAGGAAGGAAGAACAGGUUCAAAACCUGAUAUCAAAGACAGUUGAAAAAUAUGGCAAGCUAGAUUUCCUUGUGAACAAUGGAGGUGGUCAGUUCCCAUCACCAGCAGCAGACAUCAAACUGAAGGGAUGGAAUGCUGUUGUAGAAACAAACCUAACUGGGACAUUCCUUAUGUGCAAAGAAGCAUACAAUCAAUGGAUGAAAGAUAAUGGUGGUGCAAUAGUAAAUAUAAUAGCAGACAUGUGGAAAGGUUUCCCAUUGAUGAGUCACACUGGUGCUGCUAGAGCUGCUGUAGAUAACAUUACUAAAUCUCUUUCUAUUGAAUGGGCAGAGAGUGGGGUGAGAAUCAACAGUGUUGCACCAGGAAGUUCCAUCUACUCAGAGACAGCUGCUGCAAACUAUGGGGAUGCUACAAUAUUUGAGGCAGCUAUUCCAUAUAUUCCUGCUCAGAGACUAGGCAAAACUGAAGAGAUAUCUGGUAUGGUUUGUUUCCUACUUUCUCCUGCCUCUUCUUUCAUAACUGGAGAAACUGUGAAAAUAGAUGGCGGUGCUAGUCUUUAUGGCACACACACAUGGAGAAUAUCUAAACAUGACAAAAUGCCAGCUUACACAUGGGAGAAAGACAUUGAGGCACAAGAAGCUAAUGACAACAAAUCAAAAUUGUAGCAAAGACUGUUGUUUAGAAUAUGGUGAUUACUGACUGGAUAUUCAGUAGUAUUCAGGAUAUGGUGAUUAUGAAUAGAUGAUCAAAAUAUGGUAAUUACUAAUGGGGAUCAGAACAUGGUGAUCACUGACUGAUUCUUCAGAACAUUGUAAUUUCUGACAAGAUCUUCAGCAUAUGGGAAUUACUUCAACUAAAUGACCAGAAUAUGAAUAGAGGUUCAGGAUAUGGUGAUUACUGUCUAGAUGCCUUACUUUGUACAUGUACAUUGUGGCAACUGAGAUGAUUUAAUUCACCUCUGGAGAUGAAAAUAUAAGCACAAGUGCCAAAGCAGAACAACACACAGUGAUAAAUAUCACUUUUUAUUGAAAAAUUUAUAAU